AUGGAAGGAAUGCAGCAGGCAGACGAGGCACUUGUGCGAAGACAGACGACUCCCCGUCGAGAUCACGACUAUACGAUGAUUGGUGAUCAUGAAAGUAGCAGUGAGAUGAAAGGACAUGACAAUGAAAAUGAGGAUGAGAAGUACUUUGAUAGGAAUUCAAGCACCACGGAGUAUGGACGAUCAGAAAGCAGAUAUCAUUUUUCUACAGUUUCUGCCAUGGAAUUCUUCAAGAAAGCGAAAACCAUUCGGCUUAAGAGCCAUCACGACAAAUAUUUAACAGCAGAUCCCAAUGAAGAAUCUGUCAUCCAAGAUCGUCCAGGCUGGUCAAAAUCUGUGGAAUGGACAGUCGAAAUCGUUGAAGGAGCUGAAAAUUUUAUCCGUUUCAAAAGCUGUUAUGGGAAAUAUCUCACAGCCUCGGACAUGGCAUUCCUUCUGGGAAUGACUGGUCAGAAAGUCGUCCAAACUGCGCCCAGAGAAUUGGAUUCAUCUGUUGAAUGGGAACCCUUUAUGGAUGGAACGAAGGUAAAGCUGAAAGCCAGGUAUGGCAAUUUUUUGCGGGCAAAUUGGGGUUUACCUCCAUGGAGAAAUUCUGUAACUCAUGAUAUUCCUUAUACACAUAAUGAUUGGAUCCGUUGGGAAGUUGAUAUUAUUGAGACUCGACCAGAGGAAGAGUUGGGCUUUGCUUCUUUUCGUCUGCCAUCCUCCAAUUUCCCGAGUUUCGGUCCAUCUGAUGGAUCCCCAAAGAUAUCUGAAGGUAAAGAUCUGAGUGAACCUGAGAAAGAGCCACUAAUUGGCACCAAUUCUCCUGUUCGUCCACCAUAUGAAACUCUACCACCUGCCCAUCAAGCAAAUACAAACAAUGGAUCUGAAACUGAUACGACCCAACAACUUGGAAAUCGUCCUCAAGUUUCCACACCAGGAGGACCUAACUCAAAUGGAGACGACUAUAAAGUUGAUGUUGGAGAGGAACCUCGUAAAUCAGUUGUACAGAACGAUGUAGUACCAACAGGCACCAAGGAGCAUGGAGAAACAGAAAGCGGAUAUCAUUUUUCUACAGUUACCGCAAUGGAAUUUUUCAAGAAGGCAAAGUGCGUCAAGCUUAAGAGCCAUCACGACAAAUAUUUAACAGCAGAUCCCGAUGAAGAAUCUGUCAUCCAAGAUCUUACCAUUUCGUCAAAAUCCAUGGAAUGGACAGUAGAAAUCGUCGAAGGAGUUGAAAAUUUUAUACGUUUGAAAAGCUGUUAUGGGAAAUAUCUCACAGCCUCUGACGUGACAUUCCUUCUGGGAAUGACUGGUCAGAAAGUUGUUCAAACUUCGCCCAGAGAAUUGGAUUCUUCUGUUGAAUGGGAACCCUUUAUGGAUGGAACGAAGGUAAAGCUCAAAGCCAGACAUGGUAAUUUUUUGCGGGCAAAUUGGGGUUUGCCUCCAUGGAGAAACUCAAUAACUCAUGAUAUUCCUUAUACACAUCAUGAUUGGAUUUGUUGGGAAGUUGACGUAAUGGAGGCUGGACUAGAGGGAGAUUCGGGUUCGAAAUCAAUAGAAAUUCUAAAGAGCAUUGUUUAUGGAGGUUUAGUGGAGUCAAUCACAAGCUUAAGUAUAGUGGCAUCUGCAGCUGCUUCUGAAACUGCCACAAUGAACCUUGUGGCUCUUGGAUUGGCAAAUGUGAUAAGUGGAGUAUUCGUUAUUGCUCAUAAUCUGAGGGACAUGAAGAAUGCGUCUCCAGAAAGAGACUCAAAUGAACAAACAGAUAGAUACGAAGAAUUGAUUGGCAGGAAAGAGCGCUUCCUACUCCAUUUCACUUUUGCCAUUCUGUCAUUCCUUCUGUUUGGCCUUAUCCCUCCAGCAGUUUACGGCUUGGCAUUCAAGCUGACUGACAAUAAUGAAUACACUAUUAUAGCAGUUGCAGCAGCUUCUCUAAUAUGCGUACUUCUUCUUUCAACUGGAAAGGCUUAUUGUCAAGGAGACAAAGGUUUUGGUGAAUACCUCAAAACAAUUUCGUACUAUGUCAGCAAUGCAGUUGCUGUUUCUGGUGUUGCAUAUGGAAUAGGAGAUGGAAUCAAGAUACUAGUUCAGAAGCUUGGCUGGUUUGAGCCAAGUACACCUACACCUGCCACUUUGUUCAAUUCUGGGGCCACUCCAUUCAUAGCUUCUUCUUGA